AGCGGGGUGCAGCAAGCAAAACAUUUAGCAAAUCAACUCUUCUAAGAAUAAUGUACAUUAUCAACAAAUGACCGUGCCACCGACGAACCAGAUCUUGAUGCGACGGUCUUCUCUUCCAGGGUCCAUCCGCGCUAGUCCCAAAACAGUCACUAUCCGGAGAGGCGAAGGCGGAUGUGGAUUCUAGAACCACAAAAAAACCGACGAUUCUUGCGGCCAUUGAGGGUCACGGCUCUUACGACAAUAUGAUCGGGGAGAAAUUUUUCUCUUCUUUCAGGCCUCUUGCCUGGACAUAUAAGUGUGGCAUCACAUGGUUUUAGCCUUGGGUGGUGGUUCUUGCGCUGAUACUCGCUGUGGACGUUCGUUCGAUCUAUACGCCGUGAGAUCAUUGCUCCCCGACGGAACCGGAGAAGUGAGGUCAUCUUCAAGCACCCUUCGCAUAGGGAAAGUUGUGGGCAGUCCUGGAAACGUUGAGCCAUCUGAUUGUGAUUGACUUUCGCGGGAGUAUCCAGGCUGUCUCUGCGAUAGUCUGAAACGACGGCGAUGGUCUUCGCGCGUGGCGAUGUCUCCGGCCAUGAUGAUCAAGCCAUCGACCAUAAUGCCCCGGGCAGCAACAUCGAGAUCGUGUCCUGGAAUGGACCGAAAGAUCCCGAGAACCCGUACAACUGGCCGCUCCGUCAAAAAUGGACAUUGACACUCCUAGCGGCCUUCGCCACAUUCAUUACCAUGAUGAACGGCACUAUCAUCACAGUGGCUCAUGUCGCGAUCAACGAGGAGUUUGGCAUCUCUGAUGCCAACUUUCCUCACUCGUACUGGCCAGUGACGUCCUGGGCCGUCGGCGGCGGCUGCUUUUCCCUCCUCAUCUUGCCCCUCAUGGAAGAGUUUGGUGUGAGGUGGGUGUUCUUGCUGGCUUAUGUAGCCUUCGUCUGUUUUGUGAUCCCUCAAGCUUUAGCGCAAAACUUUGCCACGUUGAUUGUGACGAGGUUCUUCGCUGGUGGGUGUGUCUCUAUCCUGGCGAAUACCUCUGCCACGGUGAUUGGGAAUGUCUGGGAUACGGAGAAGGCACGGAAUAUCCCCGUUAGUCUCUAUAUCGUGACAUAUCUGGUGGGAGCAAGCAUCGGGCCCGUCAUCGGUGCGCCUAUCUUCGAGUUCCUCUCGUGGAGGUGGAUCAGUUAUCUCCAACUGAUCUGGCUUUGUGCACUCUUCCCAGUGUAUUUCUUCCUCUUUAAAGAGUGUCGAGGUAUUGCCAUUCUGGGCCAACGAGCAAAGGUAUUACGAAAGGAGGGCAAGCUGGCAUAUACCCAGCACGAGAUCGACAGUGAGGGAACAUCGAUGAUGAUGAUCGUGGCUCGCAGUGCAACACGACCUCUCGUCCUAUUUUUUACCGAGUCAGUCGUCUUCGUCUCAUUCAUGUGGUCUGCGUUCACCGUUGGAACCUUGUACCUUUUCACACAAUCCGUUGAACAAGUCUUCGUCGGUCUGUAUGACUGGACCCCGUCCCAGGCCGGAUACAUCCAAGCCGCCAUCGUUGUCGGCGAAAUCCUAGGCUGGGUAGGAACCCUUUUCUCAGGCAAAAUCUACUUCGACUCUGCUGCACGCAACACCGAGGUGCCUGGCACUCCUAUCCCCGAAGCAAGACUCUAUCUCGCCAUCGUAGGUGGCAUCCUCGGCAUUUCCGGAGGCAUGUUCACCUAUGCGUGGACCUCGUAUCCUAACUUUCCAUGGAUCGCACCGGCGGUCGGUCUCGCCAUGGUUGGGGCAGGUAGUGUGAUCGUCGUGACCGGGAUCUCCGAUUACGUCGUAGAUGCCUACGCCAAGUAUGCCGCAAGCGCAGUGGGAAUCAUCGUCACUGGCGAGAACACCUUUUCGGCUUUUUUGCCACUGGCCGCUAUGAGCAUGUACAGCACGCUCGGGUUUCAGUGGGCAAGUACGUUACUUGCUUUUAUCUCGCUAGCGUUAUCAUUUGCGCCCAUCUUGUUCGUCGUUUAUGGAAAGCAGAUCCGAGAACGGAGUCCGUUCAUGAAAGAAGCCAUGCUUGAGAAGAGGAGGAAGAGCUUUGACUCCUCCGUUUGACCAACAUUGACUGUACAUACUUCGUCCUCUGUGCCUAUUUUUGUUCUAGCUUGUACAUACAUACUCCGUACUCCGUACACACUGCUGCAAUCCGCUUAAUUGAAAUGCCGAAC